ACGUUUACUUCUAGGUGAAGAGGUUCAAACUGGUAACUUGGAGGAUAAAGGUUUACAGGUUCAGGACGGAGCCAUUUGUCUCAGGCUGAAAGGGAAUUGUUAUAUACGAGGAAAUAAUUUCCACAACUGCAGUUUAGUUUUCCUGGCUCAGAACGGCGCAGAACCAACCAUUUCUGAAAACAACAUAGAGACUUGUCUCAUAGGUAUUAUAAGUGGUUCAGGCUCAGCUCCCAAGCUCACUAAGAAUAUUUUCCACUGCAUGUUGAUGAGUAUUGGGAUCUUCAUCGCAAGGUCUAGGGGAACAGUCUCCAGCAAUGUGUUUCGAUAUGUGGCGAAUGGUUUAGAUAUUUACCGAAGCUCUGCUCCAACAGUUUUUGAAAAUACAUUUACAAGCUUAGCAUUUCCUGGCCUUGGUGGUUCCUUGGUCUAUGAUAUUCAUAAAGUUAAAAGCGGAAAAGUGGAAGAUAUGGAAAGUUCUGACAUAAUAACCUUCAAUUCUAAAUCCAGUCAAUCAGAAACGAAUGCCUUAGUGCAAAACCGGUUUUGUACAAUGGAGCGAACACGUGUCUGCUCAAACUGUCGACUGCAGCGCCUCUGUGUGGUGAAAUGUGGAACUUGUGAACAAAUUUACUAUUGUAGUGAGGCAUGUCAGGAGCAUGAUAGAAAACGACAUUCUAACUUUUGUUCUCUGUCUUUGAAAGAUAUGUUGUGAGAGUACUUAAGAAAUUUAAUGUUUGUAAUCUUUUAUAUGUGUUAAUGUAUCAGAGGCGUAUUCAGAUAUUUGUCCAAUUGGGGGCUUACAUUUUUUCUUUCUAGGAGGGGGUGGGCUCAUGGCACCUGUUGGGGCCUGAAACCCCCAAAACUAUGCCUCUGAAAUGUAUUUGUAUAUUAUUUAUAUAUAAUAUAUAUGUUUCCUAAUAAUUCCAAAAUAAAAAAAAUAUUGUUUUAAAA